GCCACAAGAGGUAAAUAGACUCGCAUAAAACACCGAAAAAUCAUAAAAUUCAGAUUACUGAAGGGGGAAAUUUGCUGAACAAGACGCAGCCGAUUCACGAAGGGAAGGGAGUCCAAGGUAUGGCGUGUCUUGCUCUGGUUGCGGUACUAAUCUUGUCAAUAUCCACACAUCCAGCAUAUGGCCAGCAGACCUCCCAAGAUGGUAUGUUUCCGUGUCCGGCCGGACAAAAAGAAGAUGGCACGUGUCAUAACGCCUGGCGGGUAGGCCGAUCGGAGGAGAAGAAAUCCGUUUUACGGGUUUACAGACGACAGACAAAUUGCGAUCCGCAGCAUGUUCCACUCUGUCGCUUGACACUUGGUAAAAGAAGUGUCGACGAGGAAGAAGCACAGGAUACGCGCCCACGAUCAGUAUGCGAGCGGUCAGUGGGUCGCGACAGACUUCGAUGCGCGUUACACCUGACGCUGCGUCGGCUUGGUAGCCGCGCCACUGAAAGCGGCAAUAUUGUUUGCAGGAAGCGCUCAGGAGAGUGCGUUUACACUGACGGUAACCAGGGCAACGCUGAACAAACAAGUCGAAGGGGGAUAGGUCAAGGUCAGGUGCCGUACGAAAACCAGAUGCUCUCGUGCGAGGAAACGCCCCAGUCCCCGUUCUGUUACGGGAUUGGCAAGAAACGUCACGGCUCAAAGAAUGAAACGCCGUUCAAACGAGGAUCUUCUUACCAGAAAACCAAAAAAGAGAAUCAACCCAGUCCAAUGACACGUGACUUUAAGGAGCACUUGACCCUUACUAACACCGGAAGUGGUUCCAUAUCGUUGGGUGUUGUCCCGGAAGUGCUGAUACCGGAAGUGAGUCCCGAGGAUGAGUUGACGGGUGGUGGAGAACCCGGCAAAUGCGACCCGAACAACCUCUUCUGCCGCUUUAGGGUACCAGGCGACGAGAUCCCUAAGCGAUGCAAGGCUGAUGAUAUUGACUGUCUACAGCAGUUAACGUUUUGAACAAAGUUCUAACAUAGAAACUAAUCAAAUAUAUUUUUGUUAUUUUUUCUUUAAAUUGCACAUAAUAGCUGGGAGAAAAUAAACGGAUAAUCAUAAUAAAGUUAUGUAUAUUAUGUACACUUAAGAGAAAAAAAAAUGUAAAAAAAUGUGA